AUGGACACAGCUCUAAUUUUACUUAUUUUUUCUAGGUAUGCCGUAGGAAUUGCUUACAAGUCCGCACCAAAGAAUGAAUGGAUUGGAAAGAACACUUCAUCCUGGGUAUUCACCCGAUGUAAUAACAAUUUUCUCGUUAGGCACAACAACAAGGAAGUUCUAUUGGACGUCCAUCCCCAGCUGAAACGGUUGGGUGUCCUUCUAGACUAUGACAAUAACACCUUUUCCUUCUACGAUCCUGCUAACUCCCUUCACUUGCACACUUAUGAAAUCCCAUUCAUACUGCCCGUAUGUCCUACUUUUACCAUAUGGAACAAGUCUCUAUUGAUCCUCUCAGGGCUUCCUGCUCCGGAUUUCAUGGACACGUUUCUUCCUCAACAAGAGUGUAUCUGCAGACCUCAAGAAUCACCAUACGUAUCUGGACUCAAACCGUGCCAGUGA